GAAAUGGUCACAUGACCUGCACUUGCCUUGGGGUUUAGCACAGGGUUUAAGCACAAUUCUUUGAAAAUACUCUCAAUCACACUUGAUUUCAUAAACCCUAAAACUCAAAACCCCAUAAAGAUGCAACCUUUACACCCAAAAUCACUUGUUUGCUUAUCAAAAUUAGAUCUUUUGACCUUUUCAAGAAUACCCAGAAGCCCUUUUUUCCGAAUCUCCCAAUUUUCAAGCACCCCUUCUCCCCAGUUCCACUCUCAUUCGCAUUACCCUUCUCGAAGAUACGAGGAGGAGAGUAGGCUUUUACGGGUUUCAGUAUGGUGGGACAUCGAGAAUUGCACAUUGCCUGCCGGGACUAAUGUUUUUAGAGUGGCUCAGAAUCUUACUGCUGCUGUUAGGAGGAAUGGGAUCAAAGGGCCGGUGCAGAUCACGGCUUUUGGGGAUGUGAUGCAGCUGUCGAGAUCGAAUCAGGAGGCGUUGUCGUCGACUGGGAUCAAUCUUACUCAUGUUCCCAGGGGUGGAAAGAGCAGUGCUGACAGGUCUUUACUUGUUGACCUUAUGUACUGGGUUUCACAGAAUCCUCCACCAGCACAUCUUUUUUUGAUAUCUACCGACGGAGAUUUUGCCAAUAUUCUACACCGCUUGAGAUUAAGCAAUUACAAUAUAUUGCUUUCUAGUUCAGAGAAUGCUCCUGUGGUUCUCCGCAGUGCUGCAAGUAUCAUGUGGCUCUGGAAGUCUUUGCUUAAAGGAGAAGAUCUUGAUGGAAAGCAUUUUAACCAGCCGCCAGAUGGCCCUUAUGGUUCUUGGUAUGGACACUACAAGUUACCACUUGAUAACCCGGUUGCUGUUACUGCACAACCAGUUGCACGUGCUGAUGGUUUGUCAGAUGCGGAACCCAAGCUUCGUCCAGUUCCAAAGACUGUUGUGAAGCAGAUUCGUGAUGUAGUGAACUUAUAUCCUGAGGGAAUAUCUAUCACAGAUCUUCAUUCAGAGUUGGGAAAGAAUAACGUGCCUUUGGAUAAAGAUUGGUAUGGAUAUAAAGAAUUCUCCUGUUUUAUACUAUCAAAUUCACACAUUCUGAAGAUUCAGUCCUGGGGUGAGAGCCAGCUCUCUGUCCGAAGUAUUGCACCCACUGGUGAGGGAAUUUUAGGCAUACACGCAGAAACAGUUACCAAUGAUAAGGACCUAAAGAAAAACAUUCCAGAAAAUAUAAAUUAUAGUGAAAGCUCUUCUUCACGCGUGGAAGACAAGACAUCAUUUCCUAUUUCAUCAAACGCCAAUGUCAAAGAGCCUAUAAGAAACUUGAAAGAGUCACGAAAACAGGUUAAAGAAUCAGUAAAACAAGUUCUAGUCACCUCUCCCCUUGUUGAGAAGGUAAAUGGUACUGAAAUCAUUAAAGAAAACUUAAUGAAGUCAGAGGAAUUAAAGAAUGUGGAAGGACCUCAAGAAGUAGUUCCGAAUCCCCCUCUAGUUGCUGAAAAUGAAAAAUGUGCUGAAGUAUCCAUGAGCAAUUUGGAGGGACAGAGUCCUGAUUCUAAAAUUGGAUUUCUCAGAACAAUAUGGGGAAAGUGGUUGCAUGGUGAAAAUACUGCUUCUGCGAAUAAAAAUGUGGAACCAGAGGAUCUUACUACUCUGAAUGAAGACAAUAAGAGGAUAGAAGAUAUGAAGAAAGAGUGUGUGGAAUCCACUUGUCAAUGUAUUGAUGCAAUACAGAGAUCUCCGAAGGUUUCAGCUACAGAGCAAACAAUUAUAGACGAAAAUGGGGCUACAAGCUGUGAAACCACUAGAGGCCCAGGAAUUCUCAAUAAGAUGAUUAGGUGGUGGAGGGGCCCAGAGUCUGAUAAUUCAACUAAAUUAAGUAGUGAUAACGUAACCACUACCAAGGUUGAUGACAACGAGCAGGGUGUCUUUACAAACUCUUUUUGGGAUGAUAUGGUUGCUUUCUUGCAAACAUCUAGUGGUUCAAAUCUGGUGAUGCGGUCAAAGUCCAGAAAAGAGAUGGCGUGGAAUUUGCAAAAUCAGGGUCCUGCAGUUCUCCGAUAUAUUAUUGAUUAUGAUUGUGUACGCUUGGUGGACUUGUUAAUUUCAGAGAAGAAAUGGGUGGAAGAAAACCCCUCCCAGAAGUAUCCUUUUAAACUCAAUCUGUCAUUUGAAAGUGAGUUUAAUAAGUUAAAUGGGGUGAAAAAAAUCUCUGUAGAUACUCAGUCGCAGGCUGAAUCAGAGAAAUUACCAGCAGAUGGGGAAAAUACAAAUGUUCCUCCAGCAGUUCAAGAAAAACCCAUCAACCCCAGAGCUCAGAUUAUACAGGACUGCCAGAAGCUUGUAGAUUACAUUGUGAAAACAUAUCCUGAAGGUUACCAUAUAAGAUGCUUUAAGAACCUGUUCCUGCAGAGAUAUGGCUAUUCCCUGGAUGUGAAUAAAUUGGGAUAUUUAAACUUAAGAAGCUUGUUACAGAUAAUGGUCGGGGUGAAAAUUGAUGCCAGUCACAUCAAACCAGAUAUUCGAUUAAGCAAAGUCAUGAAGUUUUUUGAUCAAAAAAAUACUUCUUCCAGUGUUCCUGUAAGCAAGUCAGUGAAAAGUCGAAAUCUUGACUUCCCAUGGGAGGAACUUGGGCCAGUUUGCCAUGAUAGUUCAAAGAGAAAUGAGAUGGAAAGGUCAAGUCGGAUCAAGAAAGAAGCAGUUAUCCGGCCUGUUGAUCAUAAUUAUGAUACCUUAUCAGAUGAUGAAUUUUCUAAUACGGAGGCAGAAAACUCAUAUUUAUCAGGGUUAAAAGGGCAAGAGCAGCCUAGAAAAAUAGUGAAACAUAAUUCAUUGCUGGAAAUCCUUGAUACGUGGCAUAAUGGGAAGGAAGAUAACAAUGCUAGAUCUUUACUGAUAGAUGUGAAUGACAUGGUUAAUGAUGGUUCUAGGAAAGGUCGUGGGGGUAACUUUGGCCAGAAGCCGCAGUCUGGCAAGAGCUAUUCUUUUGUUGCUGAUCAAGGAAGGGGGGGCUUGAUGAAGUCAGGUGAAAGUGCGGCCGAAUCAAGGGUCCCGACUUAAAUAAGAGGUGAAUCUAGGUUUAUCUUCUGGGCAUGAAUUUAUAUCGGUAAUGGGUAUUGAUGAAUGUUGCUUGCUUCUGCUGCUGCUGAGGAUAGAUUAAGAAACAGAAAUUUCAUUUUUUGAUAUAUAGAUGGGAUAUUUUAGCCACUUAAUUAAUGAGUUAAAUGUGUAGAUUCGUAUUGUACAGACAUUGCAUCAACUAAAUUAUUGCUUACGAGUAGGAUUUGUAGAGUUA